AUGACGAGGGUCCAGAGGGAACAGCGGGAGCAGGAGGAGGGACGAUUUAAUUUCCUAUUUGAUGAUGAAAGAUUAUCAUCGAUCCCAGGGCUUUUUUUGUUUUCGCUGCUGUUGUUGUGCGAGGACAGUGCAGUUAGGGCGAGAAAAGGAGAGAGAGAGAAAAAAAGUGUCAUCAUUAAUUCCCUUCUUCUCGCUCUUAUUUCUUGUCCAGGGGCGGCGGGGUUGCGCUCGGUGAAUUCCAGCGUCGGCAUUCGGCAUCGUUCGGUUAUUUCCGCGUCGCCUCGUCGCCUCAUUCGUCGUUGGGAAUUCGUCGGGUCGAGAUCGCGUCCCGGUUUUUCUUUCAAAAACCCGGGAAAAGCGUCGAAACAAUCGGGAAUUAUCGUGAAAUUGCGUCGUACGUCGUUUCCGCGUACUUUGAUCGCGUUUUCACGGUUCAUCUCGUUUUUACCGAAAUGCAAGGGCUGCUCCUGUAGACAGCAAGUGCGCCGCGUAGCUGUCUGGACUGCCAUGAAAACUGGGAUGAACCAAAACCCUAAUACUCGAGAGCAACAGGAAUUGCAAAAAGAUACUCUGGAGGUUUCACCAGCUCAAAUUCUAAUGAUUAUAUCUGCUCAGAAGAAAGUCAUGAGCAAAAUUAUGCAAUAAGAUGAGAUAAGAAUAUAAUUUAUUGAUAAGAAAUACCAAAUUUUAUAUCAACUAAUGCAGUCCCUGCCAUUUCAUUGAAUAUGGGGUCUGGAUAUUGAUUGUGGGGUAAGGAACUGGAUUGGAGCGGGUGAGUUAAUUAAUCUUUGCCUCCUUAGGUCAAUAUAUGUGCUGAAUAAAGAGAUUUUUUUAUUCUUGUUGUGUUUAUUAUUGUUGUCGUUGUUUUUAUUAUUUUUAUUAUGAAUUUUAUGCCAAAUCACAUCACACUCUCCCCUCGUUUAGGGAGAACAAUUGCUUGCCCAGGUAUCAAAAGUAUUAAGUCCUAUCGGAACCCUUUAUUCAUUAUGGGUCCUCUUAAUGAAAUAAGUUUAUUUAACAUGUUUUAUUAUUAAUUUUAAAUGAAAGACCCUUUGCAUCAAUGCAAUUUUCAUGAAAAUCGGUGGGAAAUUAAGGGAACUGGUGCAGUUUGCCUCUUACACACCUUCGAUAAUUUGCCAUAUUUUUGAAAAUAUCCCUGUAACUCUGGAAAUUUCCAAUUUUUAAUUUUUUUUAUAGAUACAUUAAUGGUUCUAAAUUAAAAACCCUCUGCAUCCAUGCAAUUU